UCCAGUUUGUGGAUUUAACAACCGCGAGACCGUCGCGAUAAAGAAGAAGUAAUCGUCAUCAUCGCGCGCAUCUUCCCGGCUGUAUCCGACCUGAUCGUGGUCCUUGUCACUUGGUUCAAAACAUCCGCGCUCGCCAUAGAAGUGCGGAAGUUACGGAUAAAAGGAUCGAUCGCGACAUUGUUGAUGAGAGAUGGCACGCUCUACUUCAUGGCCCUUCUGCUUCUCAACAUCCUUGAGAUCGUGAUCAACAUCCGCUAUGAGGAUCCGCAGAAUCCCGCAACCUACAUCACAAAUUUCUUGCCACCAAUCUCAUCAAUCCUGGUGUCGCGCUUCAUCCUCAACCUACGCCAGGCGUCCCUCGGCAGCAUGGGGCUGAAUACGACUUCUCACAGCACCCUGAACAAGCUGAACUUUACACCUCGCCUGGUCGGCAACAUUGGCGCCGAGGUCCAGCACACGUCUCUUGUUUUUGAGAAUGUCGCUGAGGAUAGCAUGGAGGACGAGCAGGAUAUCAGUGUGGACUUGCCGACUCUGACUGUAGCCCGCAUUUCAAACACCUCGACAUGAUAAUCUGAUCGUGAUUUCUGAGCAAAAUGUUACGCAAGGGGGAGAUUCGCCAGGCCAAAAGCUGCAUCCUGCUGCCAAGA